CGCCGCUUGUCUGUCUCGGCGGGGAGGGAGGCUCCGCUUUGCGCCGCAUUCCGGGCGUGUUGGGGUGGCAGUGCAGGCUGGCCCAACGCGUCCACCGGGAGGGACUCCCUGGCCUGGUUCUCUCAAGCGAGUUUAAAGGAUAGCGAACAAAAGGCGGGGCGACCAUGCCCGAGAGUGGUCCGGGAGGGCCUGACGACCGGGCACGAGGCGCCUAGUUGCCCGGACACAGACUGAGCAGGAAGGGUCUCGGCGCCUGCUAGUGCUCUCUUCCCUGCUUGUGCCCGGGGCUUUUCCGGGUCUCAAAUCGUCCGUCCAGCCUGGUGGGUCGAGCGUAGGUGAGAUCAAAUGCAACCAUCUCGUGCAGGCGGAGGUGGGUUGCAGUCAAGUUCACGACGUCGCGAAAGUUUCGACUUCUGGCCGGUCCUGAGUAGGCCUUCCAGCUUUGGAAAGAGUUAUGUGUUUGUAUCAUCUUGAGAUUAACCAACAUUCAUGAAUCCCACUGGACUGCCGGAAACCAGCCAGCUAUCUGCAAAUGUCAGAACUCACUUCAAAGUCUGCAGGUUCAUCAUGGAAGCAGGUGUGAAGUUAGGCCUGCGCUCUGUCCCUAUUGCUACUGCGUGCACCAUUUAUCACCGAUUUUUUACGGAGGUGUCUCUGGAGUCGUAUGAUCCUUACUUGGUAGCUAUGGCUGCACUGUAUCUGGCUGGGAAAGUAGAAGAACAGCAUUUGCGGAUAAGAGACAUCAUCAAUGUGAGCCACAGGUACUUGCAUCCUCGGAGUGACCCCCUGGAGCUGGACACACAUUUCUGGGAGUUGAGAGACAGCAUUGUCCAGUGUGAGCUGCUCAUGCUACGUGUGCUCUGCUUCCGUGUCUCCUUCCAGCAACCCCAUAAGUACCUUCUCCAUUUUUUACUGUCCCUGAAGCACUGGAUGAAUCGGCAUAGUUGGGAGCGGACCCCGGUGGCAGCAGCAGCUUGGGCUUUGUUGCGGGACAGUUACCAUGGUACCCUGUGCCUCCAGCACUCUCCACAGCAUAUUGCUGUGACAGUCCUUUACCUUGCUCUGCAGUGUUAUGGAGUGGAAGUACCUGCUGAUGCUGAAGCCGAGCGACCGUGGUGGCAGGUGUUCAGUGAAGAUCUUUCCAAACCUGUCAUGGACCAGAUAGUCUUGGAACUGAUACGGGUCUACACUUUGGAUGCAGAGAUCUAAGUACGCUGUGAAGAGAAAGACUUCCAGCUGAGAGUCUAUACUGAAUUGUCAUGUUUCAAGCUGGGAUAAUGGUGAAAGUAUUACUGAUACUUGAAGGGAUUGACACCAGAAGUACACUCUCUUCUGUUGAGGCAUCCCACUGAACAGCACUGGAGUUGAACAAGCGAAGCACCGUGAUAGCGCUGAGAAUCUCCUAACAGAAUCACUUUCCAGUGGGGAGUUCAUCUGUAACUUAUUUUCCAUCACUCACAAAAGAACAAUGUUCUGAAUGGAAGUUUGUGGAAUAAGGAAAUGAGUGAAAAAGAUUCUUUACCUAGUUCAAGUAAAAAUGUGCUGGCUAGAUAUUUAA